AUGGUCAAAGACCUUUACACCUGUAUCAAAAAACAAAAAGAGCAAUUACCUCGUCCCACUCCAGGACGUAGACGUUAUUCUAUGGGCAAUACCUAUAAUACUUAUCGUACAAAUCCUAUAUUAGAACUACUAGAAGAAGAAUAUCAAAGUAAUAAGAAUUUGGAAAUAAAAAAGAAAGGAAGGCCUAGGUGCGAGAGGUACGAUCUGGAUGGAGAUUUAAGUCCCAGACGAGUUGAAGCAUGGGAAAGUCGCGGUAAGAGUCGCCAUGGGGUCCGCCAAAGAGCUGUUCGAGGUGCUGGUAGAUCACGCGCAAUUCGUUCCGCAAAAUCCCACAAGAAAACCAAGACACGUAAAAGGAAACGGAUGGAUUUCAUUGAAGAUGACGAAGAUGACAGUGAUAGCGAAGACAGCGAAAUCGAGACCAGUGAUGAUGAUAGUGACAGUAAUAGUGAUAGCGACGAUGAUUCUGCGGUUGAUCGCCGGAAAAUGUCAAAAUCUGUCAAGCGUCGGCGGAAUCAACAAUCGCGUAGGAAACGACCUGGGAAGAGAGAAAAAGUAAUUAAUGAAAAUGAGGACGAGGAUGAAGACGAAUAUUUGGAAGAGAAAGAUGACGAUGAUGGUGAUGAAGAAGAACAGGACGAGCAAAGAAAAAAUGAUAAACGGAAAAAGAGUCAGAGCAAGCAAAACGCCAGAGAAAAUUCGAAGAAAAGAGUCAAGGCAAAAACUCAGCCAAGAUCAAAGGUCAAAAAACUGAUAGAAGAUGACAAAAUUGCUCUUUUAGGGACAGAGGAUGAUGACAAUGAUGACGACGAAGGUGACGAUGCGGAGGAUGAGGAUGAGCAAGAAGAUACAAGUAAAACUCAAGAGUCUGAAACUAAAGGAAGAGCGAAGGGAAAAGAAAUCGAAAAGCCAAAUCCUUAUAGAUGGACGAACCCCUCGCCAAUAUUCGACAAGAACAAGAGUAGUAUCUACCAAAGAGCUAGAGCGAAAGGUUCAGACCGAGAAUCUAUUCGCCAACUCGAAAUCCAACGUCAUCGUAAAAGGCGAGAACGGGAAUCAUCAUCUCUCCAAAAACCCAAAAAGUCUGUUUCAGGAGACACUGGUGAUGAUGAUUGGACCGAUACAGACGCAUCUUCCCUUGCAACCUCCAAACGAUCUGGAAGUACUUCUUCCAGAUUAUCCUCACUAUUUGGCCCACGAAACCGAAGUUUGACUCCAGAAACAACAUCCCAUUUGAUGUCCCCCAUAUCACCACUUACUCGACCUUCCAUUUCAUCCAGAACAGGAGAAACCACUUUUGGCGCUACUGUGAUUAGGGCAUCGCCUCUACAAGAAAUUGUAUCCGCAGACUCAUUACCAGCAAAUCCUGAACCAAAUGAUACUAUUAUAACACCUCCCCCAGCAGUACAUCAACGAGCCUUAUCACCUAUGCCCAAAGCAGGCGAUCCAUGUAUGGAGGGAAUGAAGAAAGUCAUUUUUAUGAGUCGCGCUGUUUCGGGAGACGCGUUGGUGGCAGACUAUGGAAGGGUGAGAGUAAGAGUGAGAGAGAACGCGGCAGAAACUUGGAACGGUUUGUGUGCUGUGGCGCGGAAAGGAGGAAGCAUUGGAUAUGUUGGAGGAAUCGAGGAAGGGAGAAACGCGGUUGGUAGAGGAGCAAACAAGAACACGGGGAAUGAUAGAAGCAGGAGUCAAAACAGAGAAAAUGAUGAGGGAACCGACAAGGAAGAAGCAGUCAGGUUGAUGCUGAUAGGGUUGAACAUAGAACUAAAGGUUAAAUAG